ACAAAGAUUAUUUUUCUGAACCUCCACAACGUCCUCUACUUGUAGUUGCUAUAUUAUCCAUUCAUUACACCACACUCUGUAUAUUCUUGUGGUAUUUAAUUUUUCAACUUAACUCGUAUUCGACCGACUAUGAGUUUGAAAAAUCGAAUCGUGAUCGUAGUCGUGACGAAUCGUACAGCGUAAACUAAUACGUGCUAAUACUAUCAUCCGUCGCUGGUCGCAUCGCACAAUCGAUUUAUUUUAUCACGUUUUCAUUUGGAUUUUUGACUUUCGUGUGUUGUGAAUUAUGAAGUAAUGCAAAGAUCAUAGUGACAAACUGCAUAGAUCUAAGUGAAAAUAACAUUUUGUGCGUGCUUUGCAAUGAACCUUAUCGUUGUGGUGUAAAUAAAGGCUAAUUACUUGAACCUAAAUAAAAUGAUCUGUUGACAAUAAUUGUUGAGUGUGCAUAUAUUUUGUACAAAAUUUUUAAGAAGCCAUUUACACAUGGCGAAAAGUCACGUAGACUGUGUUUUGUUUCGUGUAAUGUUUGGACGUCGAAAUAUUUGAUAAUACAUGGAUUAUUUCGUUUUAUGAGAAUCGUGUAGUGUUAUCUAAAAUGGAUAGCAAAAACAUUCAAAAAAAUGCCAUGCAUAAAAGUGCGGAGUUCACUUUUACUCCACCACCUGAAGCUCCUGUUUUUGAACCUACGUUAGAAGAAUUCACAGAUCCUCUAGGGUAUAUAGCAAAAAUACGUCCGGUAGCUGAAAAAACUGGAAUAUGUAAAAUAAAACCGCCAGCAAUAUGGCAGCCACCUUUUUCUUUGGAUGUGGAUAAAUUAAAAUUUAUUCCACGGAUACAAAAAGUCAAUGAAUUAGAAGCUAUAACUCGGCUAAAACUGUUAUUUCUGGAAAAAAUUCUUAAAUUUUGGGAACUUCAAGGAUCACCGUUAAAAAUACCAAUGAUCGAGAAUAAAACAUUGGAUUUAUAUUGUUUAAAAUUUUGGGUGGAUGAAGAAGGUGGUUUCGAAAGUUGUAAUACUCCAAAAAAAUGGCGAAAGAUUGCGAACGCCAUGGGAUAUAGUCAGAAUGCUAAUACAAUGAAUUUUCUUAGAAGUAAUUAUGAAAAGAUUUUAUUACCAUAUGAAAUUUUUGAAAAAAGUAAAGCGGAUAUUUUAAAGACUGUAAAAAAAUCAGAACCCAAGCCAGAAGUCAAAGAUGAUGAUGAUUCAGAGCAGCAAGUUAUAAAAGAAAUAUCAAUUGAAUCCAUUACAAAAAAAGAGACUUUAGUUGAUGAAAAACCUCAUUCUAGUAUUAAGAAGGCAAAGACAGGUUCUGAUAUAAAAGUUGAAAUGGAUGUAAGUAAAGAUAAUGAAGCUAUAAAACGUAGCAGAGAACUAAGGCGAUUAGCUUGCUAUGGACCUGGCCCUAAAAUGCCAGGGUUGAAUGAUGAGGAAUUUGAUAUUACAAAAUCCAGAAAGAGGCCCAGGUAUGAUUUGGAUCCACUUGCUGUAUAUAUAUGUGCAAUUUGCCAGAAGGACCACAGAGAUGACUUGUUAUUAAUAUGUAAUGGGUGCUCUGAUACAUACCACACAUUUUGUUUAAAACCUCCUUUGACAUUGGUUCCUGAUGGGGAUUGGCGUUGUCCAUGUUGCAUUGCAGAAGAAGUCCAUAAACCUGCUGAAGCAUUUGGUUUUGUUCAAGCUGAAACUGAAUAUACACUGCAACAAUUUGGGGAAAUGGCUGAUAAAUUUAAAUCUGAUUAUUUUGGAAUGUCUGGGCACCUGGUGCCUACAAAUGUGGCAGAAAAAGAAUUCUGGAGGAUAAUAUCGUCAGUAGAAGAGGAUGUAACAGUAGAAUAUGGGGCUGAUUUACAUUCCAUGGAUCAUGGUUCUGGUUUCCCCACAAAAUCUUCAAUCAAUUUGUAUCCUGGUGAUCAAGAAUAUGUUGAUUCUGGGUGGAAUUUGAAUAAUCUUCCUGUGCUGGACGGUUCUGUAUUAAGAUUUAUCAAUGCAGAUAUAUCUGGGAUGACUGUCCCCUGGAUGUAUGUUGGUAUGUGCUUUUCUGCAUUUUGUUGGCAUAAUGAAGAUCAUUGGAGUUAUUCUAUCAAUUAUUUACAUUGGGGUGAAGCUAAAACAUGGUAUGGAGUCCCAGGUAGUGGGGCAGAAUUACUAGAGAAUGCUAUGAAAGCAGCAGCACCUGAUUUGUUCAAAUCUCAGCCAGAUCUACUUCAUCAAUUGGUGACAAUAAUGAAUCCAAAUAUCUUAAUGGCAGCAGGAGUACCAAUUUAUAGAACUGAUCAGAAUGCUGGAGAAUUUGUAGUCACAUUCCCCAGAGCAUAUCAUGCAGGGUUUAACCAAGGUUAUAACUUUGCAGAAGCAGUUAAUUUUGCUCCCCCCGACUGGCUUAAAAUUGGUAGGGAGUGUAUAAGUCAUUACAAAAACCUUAAAAGAUUUUGUGUGUUUUCUCAUGAUGAAUUAAUAUGUAAGAUGGCUUUAGAAGGGGACCGUUUAGAUUUAGAGACUGCAUUAGAAACACAAAAAGAGUUGGUCCAUGCAACAGAAGAAGAGAGUCGUUUAAGAGCUCUUGUUGCUAAAAAUGGAUUAAAAAAUGUUCAAAGGACAGCAUUUGAACUGCUUGGAGAUGAUGAAAGACUUUGUGAAGUAUGUAAAACCACAUGUUUUUUGUCUUCUGUGUCAUGUGCAGAUUGCAAACAUAUGGCAUGUUUACAACAUGCUGAUCAGUUUUGCAAAUGUCCAGUGGAGAAAAAGACACUAUUUUACCGAUAUGAUAUGGAUGAGCUGCACAUUAUGUUGCAGACUAUUGAUUUUAGGGUAAAUAGUUUUGAUAAGUGGAUGACUGAAACAAAAAACAUUCUCUUGCCAACAGCACCAGAUAUUGGAAGAUUGCAAAAACUGAAAACUUUAGUAGAUGAAGCAGAGGAAUUAAAAAUACCAAAGUGUACAUUAUUAUCUCAAUUAAAGGAUGAAUUUACAAAAGCAACAAAAAAUGUUGAGCCCAUUGUUAUUGAAUUAGAUGAUGAUUGAAUAGGUAUUAUAUUAAGUAGUCUCCUAGUACAAAAGUUUGAAAGUUUACCUUGGGUAAAAUGGAAUUAGAUUUCAUUGUGAUUGUGUUUUGUGAGCACUUAGGAUGUAUAUUAGGGUGUAAGGCGUAAGCAUUCAUCUAUGGAGCAGCUUCAAAUAAUAAACUUCAGUUAAUACAACAGAGAUGUUCAUUUAUUAAUGAUAUUAGUGCUAAUAUGUAAUUGGACUGUCAUUUAAUAUUUAAUAAGAACCUGUAAUUUUAUCAAUCUUUAUCAAAACAAAGUUAAUUAAAUGAAACAUAAUUAUAAGAUGUAAUUUUAAUUAGCUUAUAUCCCACCGUUGGUUAACAAAUUAUUCUCUAAUGUAUCCUAUAAUUUAAUAUUUAAUGCCCUUGUAAAAUUUUUUUUUGAUCUCAUAAAGUAUUACAAAAUUUCAUCACAUAUUAUUAUGUUAUAAAUUCUCAGAUGUUGAUCAGACUAAAUACUCUAUUAUAGAUUUAAGAAUAUGAUUGUCACAUAUAAAAAGCUGUAUGCUUUUCAUUUCUAUCCAUUUGUUAUGAAUUAUUAUUUGCUUAAAAAUCCCAUAAAUAAAAGGCUAUGUUGUAUAUUAUGACAUACAUGAAAUAUUGAAUAAAAUUUAAGUAAAUUAUAUGUACUAUGAUGACUUAAUGCACACUAUAGUGAUGAAAAAUGAUAAUGGCAUAUGGUACGAUUUAGUGCCAUUGUUUUAUUGACUGAUUUGAUGUAAAUAUCAUUAUUAAGGAUAAUUUUAAUUUUGACAGAUUUUAUAGUUAUACCAGUGGACUCGAAAUCAAUUUUGAAUGUGUGUUCAUUAACAAUUUAAAAGUAACUUACAGCACUUAAAUGUCAUUUUUGCGUCUAUCUAGUUUUAGAAUUAUUCUUUAAGAUUGGUGUAAUACUAGAAUUUAAAUUAAAAGGAGUUUUCGUACAAUCAACAUUAAAAAAUAAAAUGUUACUAUGCUUGAUAGCUUAUAUAGCUUUUCUUUAUUAUUUUCGCAGAUUUCAGUAAAGUAUAGUUAAUUAAUUUGAUUUUGUAAAUUGAGUAAAAUAAAGAUAUAAUUAAAGAUAUAGUGCAUAGGGCAAAAAAUCAUUGCGCUUAAAUGUUGUUAUUGAUAUUUUGCUUGCAAGUUUAUUUUCAUAGAGUAACAGUACAGGAGCCAAGUAACUAAUUUGAAAUGUAAAUUACAAUUUUCUAAUAACAGUAUUACAUAUUUAGUUUGAACCCAAAUGCAUUAUACUUUUUAUUUAUAAAUACACGUUUAAAUAUGGACGGCACAGAAACAGACGGCACUUAAACUAAAAAAAAUUAAUUAUUGAAGAUUUUGUAUUAUACAAAAUUUUCUUUGUAAAUGAAUACUUUACAAAUAAAUGUGGGAUUCCAAAAAUAUUAAUAAAUAAUUAUAGUUCGCACAUUCCGUGUUUUAUUACCCCCUAAUUAAGAAAUAAAAUAAUACAAAUAACUGUGUAAAUAAAAAUUUAUUUAGUGCAUUUAUAAUUAAAGUAAGAUCUUAUUUAAAUAUUGUGACUAAAAUAUACAUAAUUCUAUUUUUGGUGCUGUUGUCUCAUUUGAUUUCUAAGAAUUAACAAAAAAAAGGUUAAUAUUAUCAAAUAAUCGAUGAUAUAAAGUAUGUACAUAGUAUUUAUCACAAUUAUGAAUUGAUCAUAAUAUAUGGAAUAUCAAUACACGUCAGAACAUAAAGUUUAUUAAGCCGAAUAACCAAAAAUCGAUUUAUUUGUUUAAUGUAGUUAGCAAUUAUGCUUUAACUGUUGAUAGUUGAUCAAUAAAAAGAGACUCACUUAUUUUAUUGGUAAAUGUGUGGUCGAAACAUUUGAAAGCGAAUAUGAGCAGUAGUACAAAUAGUCUUUGCAAAUAAAAUCUUUAAAGGCGAUGUGAUUUACGAGAUAUAAUAAAUUAUUAUAGCAACCGUAUUUUAAACCGAUUUAAAAACCACAAACUGGCGUUCAAUACUGGAAAAUAAAAUAAUAUAGUUAUUAUAAGCGCUAGUUGCCGGUUAUUUUUUUUCUAAAAAAAUUGUUAUAGAAAUAAUUAGAUUUACCCUUUUAACGCAAAACAAGUUUAAAUUAUAAUGUGUGUCAAUUCACUGGUCAUUUGUUGGAAGCAAACCCUGGGUGUGCAGACGUAUCAUUAUGGAAUUAAGAAAAGCCUAUUCUACUUAAAGCCACAUUAAGUAUCAGAUUGUUGCAAAA